CGCGCCUCUUGGAGGAAGUUUGCCCUUUAAUUGCAGAGCUCAGAUCUCCGUCGCACAAACUUCCAGGAGCGGGCAGCGGGCGCCGACGGGAGUGUCAGUCCCUCCCGCCCGGGGACUGGGUCGGGCAGCCGCGGCGUUCAGCGUUCUCCAGCACCGUCGCCAUGGGCGGCUCGGCCUCCAGUCAGCUGGACGAGGGCAAGUGCGCCUACAUCCGAGGGAAAACUGAGGCUGCUAUCAAAAACUUCAGUCCUUACUACAGCCGCCAGUACUCUGUGGCUUUCUGCAAUUAUGUACGCAGUGAAGUGGAACAGCAAAGAGAUUUAACAUCACAAUUUUUGAAGACCAAGCCACCAUUGGAGCCUGGAACUGUUCUGUAUGAAGCAGAGCUAUCACAGUUUGCUGAAGACAUAAAGAAAUGGAAGGAGAGAUAUGUUGUGGUUAAAAAUGACUUUGCUGUGGAAAGCUAUGAGAACAAAGAGGCCUAUCAGAGAGGAGCUCCCCCUAAAAGCCGAAUUCUUCCAGCUGGUGGCAAGGUGUUAACCUCAGAAGAUGAAUACGGUUUAUUAUCUGAUCGGCAUUUCCCAGACCCCAUUGCGUCCAGUGAGAAGGAGAACACGCAGCCCUUUGUGGUCCUGCCCAAGGAAUUCCCUGUGUACCUGUGGCAGCCAUUCCUCAGACAUGGCUACUUCUGCUUCCAGGAUGCCGCUGACCAGAAGAAGUUCAGUGCUCUCCUGAGUGACUGCAUCAGACAUCUAAAUCAUGAUUACGUGAAGCAGACGACAUUUGAAGUCCAAGCCUUUUUAGAAGCUGUGCAAUUCUUCCGACAGGAGAAGGGACACUAUGGCUCGUGGGAAAUGAUCACUGGGGAUGAAGUCCAGAUCCUGAGUAACCUGGUGAUGGAGGAGCUCAUGCCAACCCUUCAGACAGACAUCCUGCCUAAAAUGAAGGGGAAGAAGAACGACAGAAAGAGGGCCUGGUUCGGUCUCCUCGAAGAGGCCUACAACCUGGUUCGGCAUCAAGUUUCAGAAGGAUUAAGUGCACUGAAGGAGGAAUGCAGGGCUCUGACGAAAGGCCUGGAAGGCACCAUCCGUUCAGACAUGGAUCAGAUUGUGAACUCGAAGAACUUUUUGAUUGGAAAGAUCAAAGCGAUGGUGGCUCAGCCAGCGGAGAGAAGUUGUGCAGAGAGUGUGCAACCGUUCCUGGCAUCCAUUCUGGAGGAGCUCAUGGGACCGGUGAGCUCAGGAUUCAGUGAAGUACGUUCACUCUUUGAAAAAGAAGUGGAUGAACUUAACCAGAACUUUCAGACCACCAAAGACAGUGUCCAGCUAAAGGAGCAUCUAGACCGGCUUAUGAAUCUUCCAUUGGAUUCCGUGAAGAUGGAACCUUGUUAUAGUAAAGUCAACCUGCUUCAGGAGCACCUGCAGGACCUCAAGAGCCGCUUCAGAUUCCCCCACAUCGAUCUGGUGGUCCAGAGGACGCAGAACUACAUGCAGGAGCUAAUGGAGAAUGCGGUAUUCACUUUUGAGCAGUUGCUCUCCCCACAUCUCCAAGGAGAGGCCUCCAAAACCACAGUCGCCAUUGAGAAAGUUAAGCUCCGAGUCUUAAAGCAAUAUGAUUAUGACAGCAGCACCAUCCGGAAGAGGAUAUUUCAAGAGGCGCUGGUUCAAAUCACACUUCCCACCGUGCAGAAGGCACUGGCGUCCGUGUGCAAACCAGAGCUUCAGAAAUAUGAGCAGUUCAUCUUCGCAGAUCACACCAAUAUGAUCCAUGUUGAAAAUGUCUAUGAGGAGAUUUUACAUCAGAUCCUCCUUGAUGAAACUCUGAAAGUGAUAAAGGAAGCUGCUAUCCUGAAGAAACACAAUUUAUUUGAAGACAACAUGGCCUUGCCCAGUGAAAGUGUGUCCAGCUUAACUGAUCUAAAAACCCCUGCCGGGUCAAACCAGGCCAGCCCUGCCAGGAGAGCCUCAGCCAUUCUGUCAGGAGUUCCAGAUAGUGAGAUCCUGAGUAACGAGGUAUUCCAGGAGUCAGGGGAAAAGAAACAGCCGGGGGUCCCUAGUCCAUUGGCCACAGGAGAAAGCCUUUGUUUCCCUGUGCCCAGCCCAGCCCCAGAUGGGGACGGGCAGGUCAUCAUUUCAAGCACAGAUGACCCUGUUGUGGAUCCUGUGGCUGCAGAAGACACAGCAGGAGCCUUGGGCAAACACUCGUCGGAGCCGGAAUCUGGAGAGACUCACGAGGCCCAGGAACCCACCCAGGAAAAGCCAGAGCCCACCUCUGCCUCGGGCUCCUUGGAAGAGCUCAGAAAUUUGUUGACGGUGACCACUGAAGUACCCGUGGAACCUGCUACGCCUGAGAUUGAAGAAGAUACAAGUAAGGAGACCCUUGUUCCCCAAGAAAUUGAAAAAGAAGAGGGAACAACCCAAAGCUACACAGAGACCAAUCAAGCAGCUGCCUCUAGUGAGGUCAACAGCGAAGAAAGUGAGGUCAGUGAGAGGGAGGCCCAUCCUCCCUCUCCCGAGGCUGAGGCUGGUGGGGUAGAGUUGGGGGCGUCUGCAGAGGCUCAGCCAGCCUGCGGGGGUCUCAGCGAGGGCGCCAGGGCCCCAGGCCCCUUAGAGGAGCCAGCGGAGACCAGGGAGCCCACGGAGAGGGAGCUCACAGCGGGGGCUUCCAGACUGGACGCCCUUGAAGGAGGAGGGCCCAGGUGUGCUGUGGAGGCUGAGGCUAUGCCCCAGGAAGGCUGCAAGUUAAGUUCUGACCCCGUCAGCCCCAGUGAGAGGCAGGUUUCUCUGGAAGAAGAGGCGGUGGGAGGGAGUCGCAGCACAGCCCAGGCUACCGCUAGUGUGGAGGCAAAGGAGAGUAAGGCCGCCCGCGUUCACGAGUGUCCGUGGGUGGCUGAGAGGGACGCAGACACCGAUAGCCCAGAUUCACGGAGAGAAGAUCCCCAAGAGCGGCCCUCGGAGGAGUGAAAGGGACAGUCCGCCAAAAGUCUUGCUUUGAACAAACUCAGCCAGAAGGAUACAGCUCAAGGGUACCCUUAGGGGUGGCCUGCAAGUUGUUACCA